UAUCUCUUGUGAUUGACAGUUUGUGACAGUUUUAGAAUGCUGAGAGCCCGUCCCUCCUCCUGUCUGGGCUGCGCUUCUCUAGGCUGGAUGGGUGUAGUACUGCUCGGAGAAGGCGAGAUCUCAUGUUAAAAUGAAGAGAGGCUUGGUAUCGGAGAAUUAUCUUCUAGAGCCAGAAUUCAAACCACUGGUGGUAAUAGAACUUGCUAAGGACGUAAAAGAAGAAACCAAAAAAUGGCUUCUCAAGAAAGUUAUGGACAAAAAAAAAGAUGGAGGUGCUCAGCUGUUGAUCAAACCUCUAGUAAUCUCAGAAGAGGAGGAAAAUAUUUAUGUUGUGGGAGCCUCAACUAGAAGACUUUUGUUUGGAGCUGAGGAUGUAGGAUUUGUAAAGGAAAAUGAGGAUGGCACCAUGAGACCUUUCUUAUACAGCAACCGGAAAGAGUACAAAAAUUUUAUGGGAGAUGGAGAAGAUUUUCUCAGCAUAGCUGAAUGUCAGUAUAUCAUCAAACAUGAGUUUGACAAUCUUCGAGCUCAAGAUGAGACAAGUAUUCCCGGUUAUCCUCAGUCAAAACUUUAUCCUGGAAAAUCAAUAGUAAGAAGAAUGAAGACCAGUGGUUUACUGAUUCAGAUAUUUCCUUUACAUGACAAAGAUGAAUUGAAACGACUGAGUUUCCAAUGGUACCGACAAAUCAAGUUUGCUUAUCAACCUAUAGAUAAUAUUCGCCAUUACUUUGGAGAUACUAUUGGAUUAUACUUUGGUUUCCUAGAAUUCUUUACUUUGGCCUUAAUUCCAAUGGCUCUCAUCGGCAUACCUUAUUACUUUUUUGCCUGGGAGGAUUAUGAUAAAUACGUGAUUUUUGCUACAUGUAACCUGGUGUGGGCAACAGUUAUCCUGGAAUUAUGGAAGCGAUACUGCUCAACAAUGACCUUUCGAUGGGGCACGCUGCUAAUGAAGAGGGAGUUUGAGGAGCCCAGAUCUGGUUUUCAUGGAGUGCUUGGCAUCAAUCCAAUCACAGGCAAAAGAGAACCUACUUACUCCAGCUUAAAGAGGCAAUUACGGAUAUAUCUUGUAUCUGUGCCUUUUGUGUGCCUUAGCCUGUAUUUUGCAAUUUACGUGAUGAUGAUUUACUUUGACUUGGAGGACUGGGCCAUUAGAUAUAACCAUGAGCAACAGUCAACCUUCAGUAGCUUUCUUCUGUUUGUCCCAAGCAUCAUUUAUGCCAUAGUGAUUGAAAUCCUGAAUCGUAUUUACAGAUAUGCUGCAGAGUUUCUCACCAAUUAUGAAAACCAUAGACUGGAGUCAUCACACCAGAACCACUUGAUACUCAAGGUCUUAGUGUUUAACAUUGUAAAUUGCUUUGCAUCACUGUUCUACAUAGCCUUUGUCAUGUGUGAUCUAAAGCUCUUACGCCAGAGCUUGGCCACAUUACUUAUCACCUCUCAGAUCCUUAACCAGUUUGUGGAGGCUCUACUUCCUUAUUGGAUGCAGAAAAGGCAAAAUAAACAAAUAAAAAAUAAAGUAAAAGCAUUGAAGGUGGAGACAGAGUUCACUUUGUUGGAGCAAGUUCACCUUGAAAAAGAGAUGGAUGCAUAUUUGGGAACAUUUGAUGAUUACUUGGAGUUAUUCCUGUUGUUUGGCUAUGUCAGUCUUUUCUCAUGUGUGUAUCCUCUUGCGGCCCUUCUUGCCGUUCUCAACAACGUGACUGAACUUUACUCGGAUGCAUUAAAAAUGUGCCGUCUGUUCAAGCGUCCUUUUGCUGAGCCUUCCGCCAGCAUUGGAGUAUGGAUGUUGGCAUUUGAAACCAUGGGGAUUGUCGCAGUAGUGACAAACUGUGCUCUCCUUGGGAUGUCGUCACAAGUUAAUGCCUUGUUUCAGGACUCAAAACAAGACCUAUUUUUGACUGUAACAGCCAUAGAGCAUGCUCUGUUAGCUCUGAAGUUUAUCUUGGCAUUUGUGAUUCCCAACAAACCAAUUGACAUCCGGAUAAAAUUAGCCAGACUGGAAUUUGAAUCCAUGGAAGCCCUUAAGCAGAAACAGCAAAUGAAACUGUCUUUUGACUCCCUUACUGAAGAUGCAAUAGAUUCAUGAAGAAUCAAUGCUGGGAAAAUACUGAAAGCAUUUGCCCUUACAAGAACCUUGCAAUGACUAUGUAUAUUUUUAUCAAAGUAUGGCUUGGCUUAUCAGGUUGAAAUGUAUUUAAUUUACUGCAUUUUCUCUCCUCUUGUUUUAGAUCUGAAGCUUGCAUGUUUUCUUUGGCUCUGUUCACAUCAUGUUUGUCUGGUCACUAUAAAUCAGCAAAAAUAAAUAAUAGACCAAACUAUUCCA